AUGGAUCUAUCUACAUGUCAACUUCUUUUCUUAUUCUCAAUACUGGUGAAUGUAGUAUUAGCUGGUGAUAUGAUGAGAAAAUCGAUUGUAUACGACAAAAAAACACCUAAUGUAUUUUAUUGUCCAUUAAAUAAACCUACUGGUUUUGAUAAAUUGUUUGUACAUUCAAGACCAUUAAAAAAAUUAUGCGAAUUUGAUGGAAAACCUUUACCCGAAGACUACAAAUCCGAUUGCUUUCAAGACGUCGAUGAAACAGAAUAUGCUUGCAAGGAAAAAUAUAGAAUCAUGAUGCGUCUUCACCCACCUGGUACGGAUGACGACAAAGAGAGUACAAAAUGGGAAAAAGCUUAUAAAAAAGUUGUUAGAAAACGUAAGAGACAACAAUCACAAUAG